AUGUUCUCUGGAAAAGAUGCCGCUAAUUCGGCAUAUCCCACGCAGUGGGCACUAAAUCCUACUGCUUAUCAAAAUAUUGACGCUAGCCAAGUUGAUUGGGCAGCCCUCGCCCAACAAUGGAUUGCAAUGAAAGAUGCGGUGGCAAUCGUUGGACCACCUCCCACGAAAAUCGAAACGGAAGGUGGCGAAGCGCCGAUGGAAGUUGAAAACUCCAAUGAGGCGGUUCCACCAGGGCCUGAAUGGAAUUCUACUAGUAACUCGUGGAGCGGCAACUCUUGGAAUCAAUGGGGUUGGGGCUGGCCUGGAGCUGGUCCUGUUGAUCCAAAGGUUAAUGACCCUUCUAUGACUGGACCACCCAUCAUAGAUGGUUAUACAGUCCCCGAAGAAGCUGCUAUUCCAGGAUAUACUACUGAAACAUCAACACCAACUUUCCAACAUGGUUACUGGACAGCUCCACAAACAGAUCAAAGCGAAGAUGAUGGGGAUGAUAGGAGUAGAAGCAGUGAUAGGCGCUCUAAAAGCAAAACCCGGGACACAAGGCCUCCAAGAAUUAGAACUCCUCGGGAUAAGCCAAAUCUUCCCCCAAUAGUAGAGCCUAUAUUACCUCCAAUGCCAAACACCACUCUGGAUGCAGCCAAAAGACGGCAACUUCCUGCCUGGAUUAGAGAAGGUUUAGAGAAGAUGGAAAGGGAGAAGCAAAGGGCAUUAGAACGCGAGCAAGAAUUGAAAGCCCGUGAAGAAGCAGAACUGGAAAAAAAGAAAUUGGAACAAGAGGCAUUAGAGAGGAUGAAAGCUGAGGCAGGAGGUGUUCCCAUUAUGCCUGUGAAGAGCAAGUUUGACUCAGAUUCAGAAGCUGAGGGAUCCGAUAAGGAAGACUCAGGAAAGUCUGUGAAAAGAGAAGAUAUAAUAGAAGUAAAGCAAGACCCCACAGAGUCAGACCUAGUCAAGAAAAGCAAAGAGGAGAUUAUGCAGGAAGUCAUGUUGGCCGUGCGACGUUCGCUAACAGAAAUCCUGCUCGAGGUGACGGACCAAGAGAUCCAAACGGUGAGCCAGGAAGAGUUGGCCCGGUAUACCUCCGCACAAGCGUCGCGCCUCAACGCUAUGAAAGCAUCUCAAUCUAAGGCAUUCACCGCUAUUUCAUCUGGGCUCGGCCUUGGCGCGUACGAGAGCAGCAGUGAUGACAGCGGUGACGAGGAAGACGUUAAAGAUUUAUCAGAUCAACAACUGCAGGAAAUAAUAAGACGCAAGCGAAACGAGUUUGAGCGGACAUCGCGAGAAAUCGAAGCUGAGGUGCGUCGAGCUGAGCAGCGAGAGGCUGGUGAGGAGCAGCCUACGCCCAAUACCACUCCAGAGAAACCAAAGCGAACUCGGUCGUCGGUAACCCCACCACCAAUAGACAGUGCAACCCCAGAAAAGAAAGCAGAACGACGCGUUUCAAAAGACAAAAGGCCUAACCAUAAAUCCGUCGACAAAAUUGAUGGUGGUCGAAAAUUAGAAACAAUACAUGAAGAGAAACUUAGAGAAAGGAAAAAUAGUAGAAAUGAUAAAACUCCUAGCCCGCAAAAGAAGGUUAAGUCUAAAGCGACAUCAUCAUCCAGCGACUCGGAAGCCUCUUCGUCUAAUACUUGUACAUCGUCCUCGGAAAGUGAACAAGAAGUGAAAGAAACCAGAGCCAAAAAACGCAAGCGCAAAAGCUCUAGUUCAAGUGAUUCACAAAAGAAAUCUAAACGACACAAAAAAGAAAAGUCUCAUAAAAGUGAAAAGAUCUUUUCAAAGGCUAAAGACACUAAAAAUAAUUCUUCACGAGACGAAAGACCCAAACGUAGGGAUUCCGAAGACGAUAAGCCCAAGAAACGUUUGAGAAGAUCAAGAUCAUUAAGUUCAGGGAGGAGGCGGUCUCGAGAUAGGUCCGAGGAUAGGUCGCGCCGUCGAGACAAAAAGUCUUACGAUAAAGAUUCUAAACGUGAUAGGGACAGAUCUUACGAGAGAUCUAGAGAUUAUGAUAAAAGUGAUAGGGACUACAAAAGGGAUAAGUCAUAUGAUAGAUCAACGCGAGACCACGACAAGAACAAUAGGGAUUCUAAACGCGACAAAUCUUACGAUAGGUCCGGGAGGGUUUAUGAUAGGAACGAGAAAGAUUCUAAACGGGAUAGAUCAUACGAUAGGUCCGGUCGAGAUUAUGAUAAGUACGAUAAGGAUUCAAAACGUGAAAGGGAUAGGUCUCAUGAUCGGUACGGUCGGGAUUAUGAUAAAAGAAGCGUUCUCGCAGUGGAAGCUAUUCGAGACAUCGCAGAUGAACACCAGGUUACCUGCAUAAAAGGUAGAUUUGCAGAAGUAGUUUGCUUCUUCACCUGUAAAUAA